UUGAUUGAUUAUUGCAAACAAUUAACUCUUUUAUAAUCUAAUGAUUGUCUCAUUUGAUAGACGUUUACAAUUGGAAAAUGCAUUCAAUUGUCAUUUCCAGUCAUUUGUUGUCUAUUCAGUGAUUGAAUAAUACUUUAAUAAUACUGUUAUUAAUAAUAAUUACUUUAUUUAACAAUCAAUCGAUUGUUUGUAUAAAAUACUAAUCAAAUGUCGACAGAAGUGAUACAACGGUUCCAACAGACGGACCACGAGAUCAAAGGUUGGCUCCAGAAGUGGACCAACUAUUUGAAGGGCUAUCAGAAGAGAUGGUUUGUCCUCUCAAAUGGUCUGCUCUCGUACUACAGGAAUCCGAUGGAAAUGAGUCAGUCAUGUCGCGGCACUAUAAGUCUGGUCUCAGCGGUGAUCCACACCGAAGACUCGUGUAAUUUUGUGAUCGCAAACGGAGGCACAACUCAGACGUUUCACUUGCGAGCGGCCAAUGAGAUCGAGCGGCAGAAGUGGGUGACGGCUCUCGAGUUGGCCAAAGUGCGGGCCAUUCGCCUCUUGGACUCCGAGGACGACGACGUCUACGAUAUGAACAGCGAUAAGAAUGAGUUGCAAACAGUGUUGAAGUGUUUGGCGACCAAAUUGGAGACAUUGCACACGUGUCACGACGUGAUCAUCAAACACGGGUCGGCGCUCCAGAGGUCGCUCAUAGAGUUGGAACAGUUGGACAAUCCCAACGACUCGCUCAACAAGAGUAAGACAGUGAACGAAAGGGCGACUCUGUUUCGGAUCACGUCGUCGGCGAUGAUCAACGCCAGCGCCGAAUACCUGACGUUAGCCCAAACGCACGCCAAGAAGUGGCAGAAACUGUUACAACACGAACACGAGUCGCGUCUGAGGCUCGAAGAACUGGUGGAACAGUUGGCUAAACAGCACUCACACCUCGAGCAGAAGGCCAUCAAACAAGUGGCCAAUUCUAACCCAAACAACGCCUCAAACGCUUCAGACGACGAAGAGUUCUACGACGCGGAGGAAACCAACUCCGACUUCAUUGUGUCGUUUCCCGGAAAAGCCCAUCGGAUCGGCUCUUCGGCGGCCAACUCUCAGUCAAUGUCCAAAGCGGCCAAACAGAGCGCCAUCUCUUCGUCCGAUUCUUCGGCGUCCGCUUCGGUACUCAACAAUCAUUCGGACGAAUCGUCGGGCAGUGGAGACGACAGCGAGAGUGGCGUCGAAGAGUCAGCGGCCGGUGUUAUACAACGCAAGAAGUCUCGCCAAAAGAAUAAUCUUAAUCUCAAAGAUUUAAAUAACGCUAAUAUCAUCACAAAAGUGGUCAAUCACUCGACAGACGGCGACUCUACGAAGUCGUUGAGCACUCCGACCACUCCCGCCGCCGACAGGACUAAUCCAUUGCUCGGCGAAGAACUAAAUUCGGGGAAACGUUUGCGUCGGAAGACAAUACCCGAGCGGCCGAACCAGAGUCUCAAUCUGUGGUCGUUUAUGAAGAACUGUAUCGGCAAAGAGCUGACCAAAGUUCCGAUGCCAGUCAACUUCAAUGAACCGCUUUCUAUGCUUCAGAGACUCACUGAAGACUACGAAUACGCGGAUCUCUUGCAUAAGGCUUCCAAAGUGAGAGACAGUUGUGAACAAUUGACAUACAUUGCGGCCUUCAGUGUCACCUCUUAUGCCACCACAAGUAAUCGCACGGGAAAGCCAUUCAAUCCCUUAUUGGGUGAGACCUAUGAGUGCGAUCGGAGCGAAGAUCUUGGAUGGAAGUGCUUCUCAGAACAGGUGAGUCAUCAUCCGCCAGCGUUAGCUCAAUACUGUGAGGGCCGCGGAUGGAAGUGUUGGCGAGAGUUCUCCAUAUCGAGUAAAUUUCGCGGUAAAUACCUUCAGAUCACACCAUUAGAUAUAACUCAUCUCGAGUUCGAGUCGAGUGGCAAUCACUACACGUGGAAGAAAGUGACCACAACUGUGCACAACAUAAUUGUUGGCAAACUAUGGGUCGAUAAUCACGGAGACAUGACUAUCACUAAUCACACCACCGGUGAUAAGUGUCACCUGAAGUUCAUUCCCUAUAGUUAUUUCUCAAGAGAUGUGCCGCGAAAAGUAACGGGUGUUGUGAUGGACAGCGAAGGGACACCAAAGUGGGUACUGCAGGGCACGUGGGAUAACAAAGUGGAGGCCUCCAAAGUGAUCAAUAGUCACGGAUCAGCGAAAGGCAAACCUAUCUUAGAGACGGCCACUCCGAAGGUUAUAUGGAAACGAGUUUAUCCGCCAUCUGAUUACGAGCGCAUGUAUAACAUGACUCUACUCGCUGUCCAACUCAACGAACCGGAAUCGGGUGUCGCGCCGACGGACAGCCGCGUGCGACCCGACCAGCGGCUGAUGGAGGCCGGGAAGUGGGACGAAGCCAACAGUGUUAAGGGCGCUCUCGAAGAGAAACAGCGUUCCGUUCGCCGCUAUAAGGAAGAGGAGGCCGAGAAGGCGGCCACUGAAGGCAGACCUUAUAUGCCUUACGAACCGAUUUGGUUCAGCAAAAAGAAAGACCCGAUCACUGGUAAUCCGGUUCACAUCUAUACGGGAGAGUACUGGCGGUGCAAAGAGAGGCAGGACUGGUCUAAAUGCCCACAAAUAUUCAAAGCCGAUUGACGACACAACACCGGUUCGUCGACAACAAGUGUUUCAUAAAAUACAACUUUAUUUUUGUGCCUUUGCUUUCAUUGUUUGAACGGAUGGUUAUUAUGAUUAAUGUAAUUAUUAAACGAAAAAACUGUUGUCCGUUCGCUAACACAACACACAAACUAUUGAUCGAAAUAUUAAUACUAAUAUUGAAAUUCAUUUUUGUCGCCAAUUUUCUUUGUCA